AGCAUUGGUUAUUGAUUAAAGCACAAAAAUCCAUGAGUCAACAAUUAGUAAAAAAAACGGUAAUUGGUACUCCAAAUUGCAAGUAAAUGUUGUCUCACCACCACUUGAUGUUAUUAUGUAAAUACAUAUAUCCGCCACUAAUCAAGGAUCGACCCAUUCUCCAUGGAUCCACCACCGCCGCCGUCGUCGGCCAACUCGUCCCCCCGCUCCCGCCACGACGCAUGGGAUCACGAGCACCCGAAGCUCCGCCUCAUGUGCAGCUACGGCGGCCACAUCAUCCCCCGCCCCCACGACAAAUCCCUCUGCUACGUGGGCGGCGACACCCGCAUCGUGGUGCUCGACCGCCACUGCUCACUCGCCGACCUCCGCUCCCGCCUCUCCCAAACCCUCCUCAACGGCCGCCGCUUCUCCCUCAAGUACCAGCUCCCCUCCGAGGACCUCGACUCCCUCAUCUCCCUCGCCACCGACGACGACCUCGACAACAUGAUCGAGGAAUACGACCGCACCUCCCUCAAGCCGCCCUCCCGCCUCCGCCUCUUCCUCUUCCCCUCCGUGCCCGAGACCGCCGCCUCCAUGGGUUCGCUGCUCGACGACUCCAAGUCCGAGACUUGGUUCGUCGACGCUCUCAACGGCUCCGGCCUGCUCCUCCCCCGGGGCCUCUCCGACUCCGCCGCCGCCAUCGACACGCUGCUGGCUGUUGAUCGCGGCGGCAAGGAGCAGGCGGUGGAGUCGCCGCCGGUGGUGGAGACGAGCUCGUCGUCGGGGUCGAGCUCGUCGUCGCCUUCGAUGGCGAAUCUGCCGCCCAUCAAGGUUAGGGCAGAGGAGUAUAUGAUGGUUGGGUUGGAUGAGCAGCUGUCGUCACACAUGAGCAUUGCUGCUCCGCCGCCGGUUGCCGCAGUCAGAUCCGGCGGCGGAGGAGAUGAUGAGAAAUCGGAGAAGUCGGAUCAUGGCACGGUGGCGCCAACAGGGCUGCGGAAGCCCCCGUUGCCGCUGCAGCCGGUGCAGAGGAAGCUGGUCGAUGUUCACAAUCUGCCAUCGCCGGAUUCGAAGCAUGCUACUGCCUACAGCUUGCCCUCGCCCGAUUCUGUUGCUAGCGAUUGCAGCAUGACAUCCGGUGGAUCCGUAUCGAUGUACCCCGAUGCAUCUCAGCAACAGAGCCGAGGUAGUACAAUGGAUCCGAAGAUGAUGCAAGAUCCUCCUCAACAACAACAAUUCAUCCCAACAAGCACACACUAUAUCCACCACCACACACCCUACUACCCUCUCUAUCCCCACCACGCAACCGCCGACCCGCACUACCCCAUGUACUUGGUGUCUCCCACCCAGCCCUCUUACGACGCCCCCACCGGCCGCCCUUUGCCGCCGCCCAAGCCGGAGAUGGCGCCGCCGCCACCCAUUAUGCACCAGAUGGUUCAACUCCCCGCUCAUCAUUACAUCGGCGUCCCGCAAAUGCACCCGGCGCCGGCGGCCGCGGCUGCUGGUGGGAAUUAUGGAUAUGAGUAUUCCCAUCAUAUGCAAGAUCAGGCUUAUUAUGCCCAACAGAUGGCCAAUGCAUCAGCAGCGCCGCCGCCGCCUCAAUACCAGACUAUGACUCCGGCGGCGGCCGUGAUGUUCUCUCAGGCCUCACCUCAGAUCUCUCCCGAUGGCAAUCAGCAACACUCUUGAUGCAUGGAAAAUGGUGAACCACAAUAAAAAAAAAAAAAUUAAAAGGAAAUUAAAUAAAGGGUCUUGGAUGGAUGCUUCAACUUAGUUAUUAAAAGAUGAGUUUCUUUUGACAAGUAUUGGGUUAUGUAUAAAUACUAUAUAUUCUACAAAAUGAAAUGUAGUGGGUAACUUUUGUCCAUGCAUGUAAUUUAAUGAAGUCGUGUAAUAUUAUUUCGUUUCAAUUGGUUUUUCUUCUU